AUGGCUUGGCUCGGGAUCGGUGCACUGGCAUCCGGUUUAGUAAUCCAGCGGCUGUUAGGCGGUGACGUACCACCCAACAAGGUGCAAGAGGUGAAGAAUGAGUCCUACAUCAACCUGCAAGUACUGCAGCGAAAUGAAUCGAUGCGACUGUUUGCACCGAACCCGAAUGCGCCCGACAAAAAGCUGGUGUACGAAAUCAUUCUGGAACGGCCCCAUUCGGAAACGAUCAACACGUCCUACAGCUUGUACCGGGCACCAACACAAGCGGCAGCGGAGGAAAAAUUUGAAGCCUUCCAUCAACGUCUGCCGGAGUUAGUGAAAAUUGUUCGCGAGAUGUAUAAUAUUAACGGUUUGCAGAAACUUUGUGAUGUGCUGAUCGAAAACCCUUCCUGGUCCCUGGCACACGUUGUUGCUUUUUACAAUCUAACUGACUACGUAUCGAAUCCUAGUAUUAUCGAUUUUCUCGACUAUGCCGAAUAUUCCGACAUGAUGACCCCACUGCAGGUUGCCGUUAAAGCGAACAACAUCGAGUUUGUGAAGGUGUUGGUACAAUCGAAUCAAUGCAACUUGGAGCAUCUGGAUAAGAACAGCAAUUCGGUGUUUCACUUUGCGGCGAGUACGACAAAAGAAAUGAUAAAUCUGUUAACAGCAAAAAGUACCUCGAACCUAAACCAUUGCAAUACCGAUGGUUACACACCGCUGCAUCUGUCCUGCUUGGCCGAUAAACCGGACUGCGUGAAGGCGCUACUGUUGGCCGGGGCCGAUACGAACAAAAUGGCUCGCGGUGCUGGAACGUCCUACAAACCUUCUUCUACAGGUAAUGUAGCUGAUUUUCUUGUCAGCAAUCCAAAUAAACUGUUCACGCAGGACAUGAAACACGGUGGCACACCGCUGCACUGGAGCUCGAGCCGGGAGGUACUGAACUCGCUAAUAGAACGCGGCUGUGACGUGAAUUUAGUCAACUUUAACGGCCAAACACCGCUGCACGUAAUGGUUGCCCGUGAUCGGUUGGAGUGUGUUGUGGCGUUGCUAGCGCACGAUGCGGAUAUCGACGUAGUGGACAACUCGGGCAACACGCCACUGCACAUAGCGGUGGAGAAGAAACUAAUCCCCAUCGUGCAGUGUUUGGUGGUGUUUGGCGCUGACUUUAACAAACCGAACAAGGACGGUAAAACACCACGCCACAUGGUCGGCAAGGAUGAUAAUGGUUCGAAGGAUUCGAUGAUACUGUACAUUUUGCACUCGGUUGGGGCAAAACGGUGCCCGGAGAAGGGUACCGGCAAAUGUCCGCCGGGAUGUGCAUCCGGCGGUACCUACAAUGGUAUCCCACCCGCACAACCGGAAACCUCGGAGCAACGGGAACACAUCCAGCAGGUGUUGGCCCUUACGACCACCAAAUCGCAUCGGAACAGUGUGCCAAGCAUCAUAUCGAGCACGAUACGGGCUAGCAUACCGGAGGAGCGCGAACGGCGCGAGGUCAAAACGAUAGAUGUCAGCCAGGAACGGAAGGGUGCCAGCAUGAUGGAUGCGCUGCUGUCGAUGUUUACGAACAAGGUAGAGGCGGCCUCUAAGCCAACGUCACCCACGUCGACCACUUCCGGUGGUGGGAGUCGAACGGAGUCUAGACCACGAUCGGCAUGCGAACCCGGAACUAGCGGUGAAUCGUACGGUGGCCGGGGUCGUUUACUUUGCCUCGAUGGUGGCGGUAUUAGGGGGUUGGUAUUGGCACAAAUGCUGUUGGAGAUAGAAAACCUCUCCCAGACACCUAUCGUGCAUCUGUUCGAUUGGAUCGCCGGUACGAGCACCGGUGGCAUACUGGCACUCGCGUUAGGCUGUGGCAAAACGAUGAAACAGUGCAUGUGUUUGUAUCUGCGCAUGAAGGAUCAAGCGUUCGUCGGUUCGCGCCCGUACCCGAGCGAUCCGCUCGAGACGGUACUGAAGGAACAGCUGGGCGAGUUUACCGUCAUGUCGGACAUCAAGCACCCACGGUUGAUGGUGACCGGUGUGAUGGCCGACCGGAAGCCGGUAAAUUUGCACCUCUUCCGCAACUACGAGGCGGCCAGCGACAUACUCGGUAUCGUAACGCCCUCGAACAAUCGUGGGCAACCACCGCCACCGCCCAGUGAGCAGCUGGUGUGGCGUGCGGCCCGUGCAACCGGUGCCGCACCGUCCUACUUCCGUGCGUUUGGCCGUUUCCUUGAUGGGGGAUUGAUUGCGAACAAUCCGACGCUGGACGCCAUGACGGAGAUUCACGAGUUGAACGCUGCCCUGCACCACAUUGGCCGGGCAGCCGAGGCAGUUCCGGUGUCGGUUGUAGUUUCACUUGGCACUGGAUUAACACCCGUGGUGGAUUUGAAGGAAAUCGAUGUGUUCCGUCCGGAUAGCAUAUGGGACACGGCAAAAUUGGCGUACGGUAUUUCCACUAUCAGUACCCUGCUGGUGGAUCAGGCCACCGCAUCCGACGGUCGAGUGGUGGACCGUGCCAGGGCAUGGUGCAGCAUGAUUGGCGUACCGUACUUCCGCUUCAAUCCCCAGAUGUCGGACGAUAUAGCGAUGGAUGAAAAGAUUGACGAACCACUGAUUAAUAUGCUGUGGGAGGCGAAGGCAUACAUGCACAGCAACCGGAAGCAGGUCAUAGAGCUGAUCAAUCUGCUCAAGUAG